CAGCAUAUGGAUGACAAGAACCAUCAGAUCGCCAACCUGCAAAGGACCAAUGAUUUACUCCGACGUGAACUUUUUGAAUUACAGCAGAAGAUCUUGUCAAGUUCUCCCUCUUCCAUCAAAAAUGAGCACAGUGAAUCUGUACAAGGGCUUGAAUCCACCGUUGCGGGUCUUACAGCAGAAUUAAAUGCGUUAGAGCGCCGUUUGGCAGAUGUAUCUGCACGCAAUCAAGAGGAACGUAAGCAGAUUGUUGCUCAAUAUGAAGAGGAACGUAGCCGUUAUAAGGCAGAGCGUCAAGAAUGCGAUGCUCUUGUCGAGCGGAUGGCAAAUGAGUUAGAGAAGCUUGCCAUGGAAAACCGCUCCCUCCGCGCUGCCGCCACACUGCAACAACUAUAA